AUGGGCAGUCUGGAUUGGCCUCGCACGUUUACUCCUUUGCAGUUGCCAACCCCUCUGAAACACUCCUCCUCAGUCCUGGUGAAAUGGAGUAAGCCAACCCCUGGUUGGGUCCAAUUAAAUGUUGAUGGCUCCAAUUUAAGCAAUCCUGGUCCCUCAGGAGGGGGUGGCAUAUGUAGAAACGAUAGAGGAGUUUUUCUAUUUGCCUUCUCCGUGGCCUACGUGAAUGGAUCCAACAAUCUGGCGGAGCUCUGUGCCAUUCACAAUGGGAUGGUGUUGUGUCUGGAGAAAGGUUUGGAUAGGAUCGUUGUCGAGUCAGACUCUCGUCUGGUGAUUGAUACCCUUUCAUCUCAGUCAGGCUGUCCUUGGAAAUGGAAUCCUUGGAUAGCUAGAAUUAACCGUUUGUGA